GAAGACUGCAGCUAUACAAAUACAAUGCAGUGUUACAAAAUGUUUGCUUCAUACUAGUAGAUCGACCAGUGAAACUGAGUUGAUGAGUGUCACCAAUCAUUUCCAUUGCUAGCUCACCACUCAGAUCAGCAAGCAUUCGGAGCAAUGUCAAAACAACGAUAACUCGAUCUUAGCCUAAAGAUGAGGCCAGAUUGAAGGAGGUCACCUAGGAACACUCCGUUGUCAUACAGGAAGGAUUACUAGCACGUCGACGACAAACUAACUACGCCGCACACGAGAGUUUGGUGGUCUGAAAUUCCAGCCAACGGAUCAAGUUGCCGUACUGUCGUCAGGAGCAUCGCCUUUCCGCUGGGCAAGCGCAGGAGGAUGACAGUCAUGCCACCUACGAUACCCCAGAAAUUCAGGAGCUUCCUCUAAACAAUCGAAGAUGACCAGUCAAGAUGCAUGGUCGUCCUUCGCUUGACUGCCCAAAUCGUGCAGACUUGUUUGCCAGCUGUGGACAAGGUGAACGGUCUUCUACGCCGCCACUCCUCAAUGAUUCUAGUAGCGUUGCUGUUGAUCCUACCAACCUAGCUGUUUGCACUGGCAGUGAUAAUUUAACAUCUGAUGAAUCGAUGGUGGUGCAUGUGGUGCACCCGGCCGGAGAUUGGAAUAGACGAGACCCUUCACGUUUGCCGGCAUACUGCCAGAAUAGUGAGUCUCCUGCGCGAUGCUUCUCCGUCCAAAGCGCAGUUCACUUAGUACAAAAGUGGAGAGCUGGCAUGGCGGACAUGUACAAUGAGUCAGCAGGAGUGGUGACAGUGUGGUUGCACCCAGAGACCAGAUUCAACUGCUCCAUCCUGCUCAGCUCGGAGAGCACAGCUGUAAACAUUAACAGCAACGUCGGCCCGAUUGCCAUUGCCACUGUGGCAAGUCCAGGAUGCCCUAGGUCUAUUCUUCAGCAGCACACCCCCACAAACGAAGAGCCAUUCUUUGUUUUAUCUAAUGCCACACAGGUCCUGCUGAAAGCCCUGGAGUUUCACAUACCAAAAAAUGGCUACGCCAUGUGCGUGGUGCAAUCCAGGUUGGUGAAAAUCGACCAAUGUCAGUUUUACGUGACUAGUGCUUGGUGGAAACACAGCACCAUAUUCCUCAACUCCAGCUAUGCUGUUUUCCUUGUGCGUUCUCGCAUGGAACGCGAACCGACCACUGACAUUACCUAUGUUAUAACGCUGGGAAAGUUUCACGAGAUUCGGUCAUUUGUACGUGUUCAUCGUUCGGUUAAUAGUAGUGAAGAGGUACCCGUAGAUCUAGGUGGCUACUCCCAGUGGCUGACAGACAAUGGUACGGACAUGGCAAUGGGGUUGGCUCUAAAGAAGAUGGAACAGUUCAAACACAAUCAACCAACGCGUCACCAGACUCCAUGUCUUGCAAGAUUUCUCCUUGCCAUUCAGGACAGCGUGUUUGCGAAUGCCGGCGUGAGAACCCCUGGAUAUUCCCAGCAGGAGUACCAUGUUUAUCAUUUGAAAGGCAGUGCUGUUCACAUCGAGACAUACCCGAGUGUGCAUCCAUCAUUUGCCUUCAUUCACAACAAUACAUUUGCCAACCUAUCCAGUCCCGAAGGGUCACCUGUUUUCUUACAUGCUCGUGAAAACCAAUACGGCAGCCGGAAUGCAGCUGCUUCAAGACGCCACGUACUGAUCAGUAACUGCACAUUCAUCAAUAACACUGCCAUGCUUGGCGGUGGGGUGAGCAUGCUGUUUGAUCGUCGAAUUAUACGGGCCACGGCCGCUGUCAUCCAGUCACGGUUUCUCUUGAACAAGGCUCGGCAGGGUGGUGGAGCCUUCUUUGCAAGGUUUUCACGUGCCAAAAGUUGUGUGUGGAUGCGUAAUGUUGAGUUUGUUCGCAACACUGUGAUCUCGACAGUUAUUUUAGGUGCUGCUCUGUCUCUCUGGGGUCCACCGGGAGCUGUCAAAGGCAAAGUGGACUGCUUUGAAGGAGAAUUUGACGAGCAAUUUGGCAUGGAGAAUGGUCAUUUUGAAGACAACCAUGGUGUCGGGGCUUUAUGCCUCCAGAACGUGCGCGCUUCAUUCUUCAAUUCAACUUCAAUUCUCAACAAUAAUGGAACAGGUUUGGUGGUGCAACAGUCCAUGGCUACGUUUAUGGGAUCAGUGAGAAUAGAAAACAACACAGGAGACCAUGGUGGGGCCAUUCAAGUUAGCAACAGGGGUCGUGUUGACUUCAGCAAGGCAACAUCGCUUUCAAUAUUGAACAACACUGCAGCUGGUAAGGGUGAUGCUAUCUUCAUUGAUGUCUACACAUCCGUAUCAACCUUCAACAAACUGAAGAUCUUCAUUGGUAAGGACCGCUAUCUGCCCUCGUGCCCCGUUCUGCUACCAGCUAACAUGGACAAAGAGAUGCGCCGCAAGAUCACCACAUCCAACGGAGCUGCAAACACGACUAGCCCGGCAAUAUUUGCCGGCAGCUGGCACAAGUGCUACACGAGCUACGGCCUUCUAGAUGACUACCCUAAGGAUGAGCUACCGUAUUGCGACCCGUACCCACCGGCUGACUGGAGUUACAUCAAGCAACAUCAGACAACGGAGAUCAACUGUUCAGCAAACAGUCCUCACAGCUUGCAUGGAGCUGAUGGUCAGGCUAAACGUGGAGGCAACUAUUUUCUAGGAAACGAAAGUAAACUGUGUCACACUGCCUGUCAGAAUUUCACUGUGGUCAGCAAACUUGGUUUGUUCGCAAAGAAGAUAAAGACAGUGGCAGCCUGGAUGUUUUUCGAGGAAGCAACAACAUCGUGCUACAAACAAUUACCUGGAAAAGUCUGGUACUUCCGGAGAAAGUGCUCCAGGAAAAAGAUAUUUGACUUUGCGUUGAAUGAUCGAAGGAGCCAAGGACAAGUUCCUCGCUACGACUGUUCUGCUUUUGCACUGGCUGGCCUGCACGAGCGCUACCGCACCUCUACCACAUCUGUUUUACCAGGUUACCCUCUGUUGCUGACGCCAUGGAGGUCGCUCAUGCAUUACUGGAAUUCUUACACCUUAAAAGACCUUUCGUUGACGGAGGCUGAGCCCAGGCAGGUCUUCAACGAAGCCUGCAAGCCUGAUAAGUGGCAUACACUCGAUCCCAAUUUUGCGAUGGGCGACUUGACCUUGUAUCCGGCUCCAGGAGAGCAGUUCGACCUUACCCUCAAUGUCGCUGACGAGUUCCUUUCCAUCGUCCGAUCAACGUUGAUGCUGGAACUCACGUCCACGGAUAAUGUCCUGCUGCACCUCGAUGGGAAAGACUACGGACCAAAUGAGCGUCUUUUCUUCUCCUCAAUUGGUUCUAUGAGAGGGCUUUCCCUUUCCGGCAUUCCAGGCAGCACGGGAGAGCUGAAGGCGACAUUGAUUGGACAAGCUGCACUCCGCUUCUCAAUACACAGAUUUUUCUGGCUCAAUAUACCAUUCAAGCUACGCUCCUGCUUUCCGGGUUUUCGAGAUCCUAUGCUCAAAGACUACAAGGAAGCGGCCGAGUAUGUCAAGAACGAAGACCUGUGGCGUAAGGGUGCGGCGGUCGGAAAAAGCAAGAUUUCUAAACUCCACUGUCGUUGCCCGGAUAACCUGGAUGGCAUCACCAGAUGUGAAAAAGGCCGCAACCUCAUUGUGAAAAAGGGCUACUGGGCAGGACGCUAUACCAAAGGAAGACAAGCACCUCUUGAUGAUAUUUGUGUGUACGAUGAGUCUGAGUUCAUCGACAACAGCUCAGAGCUGACAGGUGAUACCUGCGAUUUCCGGAGCAGGUCAGAUUUCGGUGUUGGCGUCUGCGACAGCGGCCUUUGCAUCAGCAACGGUGACGAGGAGAUGCUAUGGACUAUGCCAGGGGAUGAGCCGUGUAGAGACAAGUACAAGAGAACUGGCGUGUUGUGCAGCGGAUGUCACAAGGACCAGCAAGUCAUGAUUGCAUCUGAGAUCUGCCAUAACUGCACUGAUUCUGCAGCACGCAUAUCGAUACACACCUACCUGUUUCUCGUGUUCAUCUGUUCGGCGAUGCUUUUCACCGUUGUCCUGGUGCUCAAUAUUGGCGUGUCUCCGGUGCUAAACAGCUGGCUAUUCUUCAUCCAGGCUGUUUUCAUCAUCUUUGCCGAUCAUGUUCUAAUGAGAAACAUAUUCUACUCUGCGAUGACAUUUGGUCUGGGACAUAUCUGCAUCAAAGAGUCCAUGUCAGUGCUGCAAACUAGAGCAGUGCUUGGCGCACAACCUCUCUUCAUCGUCCUCUUCAGCUGUCUUAUGUGGCUGGCCGUGCGGCAUGGGCUCUUUGCCAGGCACCUGCAGCAUCUGCAGAGACGCAACUCUCUAGCUCACGUCAUAUGGUUGAGUGUCAUCUACUGCACUGCAACAAUUGCCUACAUAUCAACCUACCUGCUGGCGAGUGUGACUCUGCAUUCACCAGCAGGUGAGCGGAGAGUGCUCUUUCUCGAUGGCUCUGUUGAAUUCCUCGGCACAGAGCACUUGCCGUAUGGUAUCACUGCCAUUGCUGCGUUGGUGUUCCUGGUGGCCCCAGCUCCCAUUGUGAUGGCUUUGCCCUCGCUGCGCAGUUUACCACAGUUCAAGUGGUAUGCCGACGAGGCAAUGAACAUGUACGAGCCUGGACGUCACUGGUGGGUGUCCGUGGACAUGUUCCGGCGUCUGCUCCUGGCCGUCAUGCAGGGCGGAAUCUACAACUCGCGUGUGCGCCAGUACACCGUGUGCUUGACAUGCGUUAUCCUGCUGACAAUGCAUGUCAUGUUCAGGCCUCUCAAACGAAACAAGAAGGUCUGGAAAAUCGCGGACAUUGACAAUAAGUUUGAAACGCUUCUGCUGUUUGACCUGUGCCUUAUGUCGCUAAUCAAGAUAAGCAUCAGCUGUGCCAGUACUGGAAAAUCGCUACUCGACCAAAACAGUGUCCGCUACAUCGUCUUACUGCUCUACUCAAUCCCGACUUUGCUGUCCCUCAUCAUCACUGCUUACAGAUUUGCACGCAGCUUUCAGGCCACAUACGGACGCCAGGAAGCCAAUCAAAGGUACAACAUGGAAGUGGAUGACUGUCUUACAAUGGCAAUGUCGGAUCGCCCCUAUGGUAGCCCCGAUGGCUGUGCGGCCACCACAUCCCCAGUAUCCAACUCGUCAGCAACAGUCAGCUCAAGUUUUGAGGGUCUCCGCCAUCUACCUCUGCAUGCUCAGAGACGCAAGAUGAACACCUUGUCAGUACCAGAUGGACUCCGAGAUCCACUGCUUAUAGAACAUCUGUUGAGUCCAGCUCCGCCAUCAGAAGAUUAGAUGGUUGUGGGCUGGUUUACUGCUUCAUCUAGUCACCCAAACACUCUUCCACUCGGUCUUGCGUGGUGGAUGAAGACUUCUUUCUCUCACAUAUUCACUCUCGGCAUGAUGUAGAUUGCGGAUUAGUCAACAACUAAAUCUCUGUUGAUGAGGCAAUGUCAUCACUACUGCAAGCCAAACGAGUAUUGCACCAAACGUUCACACUUUUUAAAAAGCAGCUGGUUUGCGCUGACAAAAUUUAAGUUCAUGGAGCACUGUGACAAUACCCUUACACUCACAGUGGUAAAGCAUGAUUUCACACUGGUCAAAAUCUAACAGGGGCUUGCUGUCCUUUCACACUAUACCGAUUAUGCACUAGUCUCUUUAUAUCAGUUCGUUUGGCAGCAUGAUACGCACAGCUUCCUGCACACAAUAUUGGUGGUAAUUUUCUGGCUAUUGACACGAUUGGUUGUAGAUAUCCUUCAAAUAUUUCAUGUGAUGAUUUUUGGUUACACCUUUUAACAUUCCGAGUGGCACAAAGCAGUAAGCACCAGCCAGCCCUUGCUCUAAUCAUCAUGUACAUGUACUUCACUACUAGUCAGGACCACCAGCAGCAGUUUAUGAUUGUUCCGGCAGUAACAUGGCCUUUCAUUCAGUUUGUGUAUGAUAUAGCGGGUACACAUGCCCUUCACAGUAGUAAGCAUGACCUGUGUUGGUGGCCAAAAGGUUGGUCCGGUGGUUAGCCCUUUCCCAAAGUUGCUCGCCCUUUUUUUUUCGCUCUUUUUAGACCUUUUUGGAAAAGCCCGUUUCUUUCGCCCUUUAUUGCGUUUUUUGGUGAAUAUCGCCCUUUUUGAGCUUUUUUAGCUGAUAAAGUGCUAAAAUCUGUUUGCUCAUGCAGGCGAUCACAGUUUCUGAGAGCUCGAUGGGCCUUGGCACGCGGCUUUUUGGGGGGCAACAAGUUGGUGAAGAUUGUACCCGGUGUAGCCAUUGGCGGACUAUGCUCGGCCAAUCGUCAAAUUAUGCUUUGGAUUAUGCCACAAUUAUGCCAUCAUUUAUGCUGAAUUAUGCUGAAUUAUGCUCGGUUCCACUAUGUA